AUGGUAUUACCCACUGAGAGGAGUUCGAAAAAUCGUCUAGAAGUAAAUGGGGCAAAGAAAAGAGAGUUAUGUAAGGAUAACAGAAAUUCUAAGAAGGCUAAACAGAAAACCCAGCAAAAAUUUGAUCGAUUCCUGCUCGAGUCAAUGGAUAAAAAUCCGGAAAAGAAAGUACCGAAAUCCAACGGGAAUAUAAGUGCGACUAAAUCUGAUGCCAGUAGAGAAGAGCUGAGGCAGAGCGGACCUGAACUUGACCGUAAACCCCCAGCAGAGAAAAAUACUUCAAAGGUGGAAAUUACUUUCAAUGACUCUCAGACUGGAGAUAAAAGGAAUUGUGUGCUCUGCGAUUCGUGUGCAUCAUUACCAGUAAUACCAGAGGUAAUUCUUGCCGUUGAACAUCUACUUGGUCAUUUGAAAUACCAGCUGAACUCUCGAUCUGCAAGAGAGGACGGCAAUCCAGAGAGUUUGAAAAUGGAGAUGAAACAUCAAUCGUGGAGAGUCCCUGGCCCCAUGGAGAUUGAAUUGAUGGCUCGUUGCGGAGUUUGGGCGAACAAUGGACAGCUCAGCACCAUGACAAUCAACCAUAGAAAAGACGGCAAAGAGUUGGCAAGACAAAUAUUAAAAUGGCAAGAGGGAGAAGACAAGUUGAAGGGGAUGUGUGCAAAAGGGGGGAGUAAUGUAAACGAAGGAUUGGAUCCUGUAUUGUAUCGUGCAGUAGAAGAUUACGUAGCACAAGAGACUCAAUUCUCUGAUAAGGUGUCAUUCACUCGAAUGGUUAAUAAUAUGUGUGGAUCACUGAGAACUGGUAAGGGGAUGGUAUUGAAGACAGGUGGGAGGGGACAAAGUAAACAGGUAAAGAAUCUCCUGAAGAAGAAAAAACCUAAGAUAUCGAAAUCUACGAUCUCCAGCUCCGAUGAAACUGCUGAUUUGUCCAUUGCCUCGGAAAUUGCAUUCUCCAAUGAUGAAUUGGCAGGUAUUAAUGUUCGUCGUACUAGAAAGGCAGUCAAAAGGCAAUUUAAUGAUGGAAAAGAUGGGGAUUCUGAAUUAGAACGUUGCUCACUAUGGGUUAAUCAAAUGACAGGGACGAAAGAUGCUUCAUCUGCCUCAGAGAGGGACCAGGAUGACUGGGUGCCUCCUCCAGGACUCCAGAAUAAUAGUUUUACUAGUCGGUCAGGAGAUUUCUCUAUUGAUUGUCUCAAUGCAACUUUGGGGACUGGAAAAACUAAAACAUCGACUCCAACUGAAGGGCAAAAGAGGAAACGUCAGAUUGAUGAUAAAUACAUUUUUGGACAUCGCUCAUCAACAUUUAGUAGCCAUACCCUGGAUAAUAUCAGUCCUAUAAAUGAUAAAAAGGCAAAGAAACAUGACAAAAUGCCUGUGCCGAAUGUAAGAGCUCCUGAGAGUGAGUCCUCUAGUAAAUCAGCUUCAGUAACACCAAGAAAACAUUUGAGCCCUAAAAAUUUGAAUCCCAUAAAUGCAGUUGCUACUAACGUCUCAGCCAUCCCUCCCCCCAACGCUGCUCCUGAUACCAAUGGCAAUGAUUCAUCAACUGCUCCCACUCAGAAAGUCAUGAACAAUGGGGAUAAAGAAAACAUGACAUUCACUAAAGAAUUUCAACCAUUGCUCCAGCCUCAUCACAAUUUUAAUGCUAAUUUCAACUACCAGCAGUCUUGGAAUCCUCAGAACGCCUAUUAUCAAGGUGGGAUCCCUCAACAGCCCCAGUAUUUUCCUUAUAAUCGUGGAAUGGGCAAUGUGCACUCAACUGAUAAUUUCCAGGCUGAAUUCUAUGGACAGCAGACGAAUGCACAAAAUAAUGGACAGGAUCUGGCCCCCUACAAAAAUCCCGUCUCGUAUCAAAAUUAUUAA